CUCCCUUUCUUUCGACACAAACAAUAUUACUUCUUCUAGCUCUAACCCGCAAGCGAUCAAGAAAAAAGAGUGUUUUCUUGUAUACAUUUUUUUUUCUUCUAAAUAAAAAUGUCGUCUAGCAGAAGGUCGAGACAAACAAGCUCAUCAUCGAGGAUUAGCGAUGAUCAGAUCACUGAUCUCAUCUCAAAGCUCCGACAGUCAAUUCCCGAGAUUCGCCAAAACCGUCGUUCCAACACGGUAUCAGCAUCGAAAGUGUUACAAGAGACUUGCAACUACAUAAGAAACUUGAACAAAGAAGCCGAUGACCUCAGUGAUCGAUUGUCCCAGCUUCUGGAGACCAUUGAUCCUAAUAGCCCACAAGCAGCCAUCAUUAGGAGCUUGAUUAAUGAAUAACUAAGAUAAGUGUUGGUUAGUUGAUAUAUAAUUUACAAUCUCGUUGCGAGGUUGAUCCAUCAGAGUUUCCAGUUAAUUAUAUAUUAUAUGUUUCUCAUA